AGUUUUAUACUUGAGCUUGUGCUGUUUGGUUUGAUUAUGUUCGCUUUCUGAAAUAUUAAACCAAUUAGGGGAAGAAUAAGAUUGCAUUUCCUUUGAGCCAACAAACAGCAAAAUCAAAGUGAAAAGUGUGACAGAAAGGUGUAUUAAAUUUCAGUUUUUAUCGUUGAACAUCAACAAAUCAAAGUGAAUGUGAAAUGACAGAGAGGCGUGAAGAAGUCAGUGAUUUUGCUUACAGUUUUUAUGCGACGCAAGUGAAGAAUGUGAACCACUGAGAUGGAAAAUUCAUUGAUUUCAUUAAGCAAUGACAUCUCGCACAAACUAUCUGCUUAAACUUGAAGUGAAACGAUUAAAGCACUAUCGAAACAGCAUAAUAAUGGUUCACAAUGUUGAGGGGGUGGAAGUUUGUUGGUCUAUCUGCAACCAUCAUUUUAUACGUAUUAGGAAUUCUGGUAUUAUCAAUAGUCAAUUUGCAAACACCACGCAGCGAGAAGCGUGUAAAAAAUUCACGCUACGUGACCGAUGUAAAUUACCAUCGCAAUGAAGUGGGACUUAUUAGAAAAACUCCAUUACAGCUUCAAUGGUGUUCAGAACUUCAUUUUAUGGGCCAGAAGUCGAGUCCUUUCAAGCUUAAAGCAAUGUCAUUAGAAACUUUUCCAGGCCACAAAAUCAAUAGAAAUAGUUUUAUAAUCGAAAGCAACCAUGUUAUGCUCAAGGAAACUGUUAAAAGCGACCAACAUAAUAACAAUUUUUUAAGCAUAGCUAGCACAAUGAAAAGUGAUAAUAACGAAUUUAAUGAUAACGACAGCAACAACAACAACAACGACAAUGAAAAAGUUACUGCAUUGGCGAGCUUUCCAGGAUCGGGAAAUACUUGGCUUCGAUACUUACUUCAACAAGCUACAGGCAUUCUAACCGGCAGUGUCUAUAAAGAUUACGGUUUACUGAAAAGCGGUUUUCCCGCUGAAAGUAUUUCAAAUUCGUCCGUGCUUCUUGUCAAAACUCAUGAGUGGGGAAGUCACGUUUGGUCAAAGUUUAACAAAGCAAUUUUGCUUGUUCGAGAUCCGGCAAGAGCAAUUGUGGCGGAAUUCAAUCGACAAAGUGGUGGACAUGUUGGAUUCGCAUCACCGGAUCGAUAUAAAAGAACCAAAGGAAAAUAUUGGAUAAAAUUCGUUACAACAAAAUUACACGCUUGGGAGCAAACAAAUCUAUCAUGGGGAAGGAAUUUCAGUGGCCCUGUACUUAUAAUUUGGUAUGAAGAUUUAGUUGAUGAUGUGGAGAAGACAAUUCGUGAUGUUCUUAGAUUUAUUGACUAUCCCAUAAACGAGGAUCUCAUGCGUUGUGCAAUAAUGCGCAAAGAAGGAAUUUAUAGAAGAAAAAAACGUCUCUUAACAUUCGAUCCUUAUACAACGACGAUGAAGAAGAUGAUUGAACAGAAACGAGCUCAAGUUUAUGCUGAACUCGGGCGUAAUAAAAAGCCUAAAUAAUAAAAAAGAUUUUGUAGACAUUUUCAUAAAAAAUCAAAAGCUAAUAUUCAAUGAAACAUUAAUUAAUGUUGUCAUUUUCUGAUGGUUGUCACAUGGGAAAGAUUAGUGGACGUGAUAAAUCAACGUUCUUUCAUGUUUAUGUUCAUAUAAAUAACAAAUCACCAUGUAGAGAUGUUUCAAUUUACUGUAAAACAAAUGAGUGAGAAAUUAAUAACAAAAAUAAAAGAAAAAUUUGUC